AUGUCCGAUUUUCUCUCGGCCCAAGACUUUGUGUUCGAAACCGGUCAGGGUGUUAAUCAUCCGUCAAUCGAUGGUCAAGACCCCACCGUAUCAAGCAAUCAAGGUCAAUCUGUCACUCAUUUCUCUGACAAUCUCACUAACUUUUGGCCCCAAUCGUACUCGAGUUGCGACUCAGCUCUAAGCGUGAAGCACUCACAACAAACUACCCUUCUGCUGACUGAACAUGGAAUCAUUCCGGUAUUUGCCCCUCUGCAGCCACUGGAAAUACUCGGCGAGAUCCUAGCAUCGAUCUCCCACGACAGCGAAAAUUCGAGUGUCGCAUUACUCAACGAAGAUGACGCUUCUUCGCCGUUAUUGACGGAUCUAAGGAAGGACUGGAGCCGAGCAGCGGAACAAGUCCGGUACUGGAAGCAUGUUUUCUGUGAUCUCAAGCAGCAUAUCGUGUUGGAUCCUGAAAGCUGUAUCUUUCCGGUGGAGGCUGUUCUCAACGAAGCGAUCAGCCGCUUCCGGUUGUGCAUCGCGAUCGCGAGUGAAAAAGAGCGAUGGAGCGACACUCGCUGGCUGAGUGGAUUGAAGAAAGGCUACACAUGCUCGCUCGAUAGAGUUACGAGCUUGCAAUCGAUGUGGAGACAGCAGACUCCGUCUCGUCAUCCCGCAUACGCGUGUCAUUGCUCGUGCGGUCAUCUUGCUAUCGGGUCUAUCGGUAGCGAUUGGCUGUGUGCAAGAGAGAUUCAUCUUACGACUUUGCAACUCCUGGAAGCCAAAGAUCGACUCCUUAGUACCAGUGAUCGUCCUCUUGACGUCUCUGGAUGUAACGAUGCUUGUUCUCACAACGAGUAUACGUAUGAAUCGGGAUCUAUGGCACAACAGGUCAUGCCUCCGACUAGCUUCUCUUCUGGAAACACCGCUAUAACAUGGUUCGAGACACUGUCGCUUUCGUCAAUCAGUCCGCAAUUCCGCAUUAAUUCUGAUCUCAGCGAUAACAGCAUCACGGAUAGAUUGAAAGCGAUGCUGGGAGAAUACUUGUCUGUUGAAAAAUUGGACUUUGAGGAUUCGCUCGUCAUCCCACAGGUUUGGACUUCCGUCAUCCAGGUUCAAAGCAGUUUGCGUACCAUCAAAGAAACGCUGUCCGGGAAAUACAUACAGACUUGGGACAGAUGCGAUCUCGACAAAGAUCCGAUUGACCUGAUUGAGGACACAGCUCGAUUAUUUGAAUCUGUGCUAGUGGUACACAUCAGGUUGCUUCGGUUCCUGAAGGCGUGUCUGCCAACAGAACUUGCUCAGGAGUGCGCCAAGCGGCAUCAAAUCGGUCGAUGUUCCUAUGACAGACUUGAGUUGAUCGCGUGGUUCAGUGCGCCAGUCGACGGUAGCUCUCCUUCAGGAGGGGGAUCAUACACAAUCACGCGGUUGGAGAUGUUCUUUGAGAAAUCGCUGAGUAACAAGAGUAUGGGCAUUCUAUCGUAUAACGACGCCAGAAAGAUUUACUACCCAAUGUCCUCAACUCAUGGCUCAUCCAUAGCACGCACUGAGCCUGAGGACGAUCAGGUGUUGAAAGGGUGGCGAAAGAAUCUGAUUCCAGGACUUGGUGCAACUAGUCAUUUACCGCCUCCAUCCACCUACACGGAUACCGGAUCCCUUUUCUCAAGCGUAGAUACCCGGAUCACUUCGAACCCUAACAUGGCUGAGGCCAUAACUACAGGCAGUGCUUCGCCACGGGAGGCGGAUCUGUCAAGGCUUACUGUCAAUUCGAAUUCGGAAUCUCCACCCGCACUAGCAUCCAGAUUACGCCACAUCAUGAAUGAGGUAUACAAGCAUGAUGGCAUCCGCCAUCGAGCUCAGUGUUACCUAUCGGCCUUGCUCGACCGAUUGAAUCAAGGUGUCAACAUUGAUACUCGAACAUGGAGUGUAUCAAGCGCCAAAGCUCGAGGAAUCAACACACAUCUCCAGUGCGGAAUCAUGGGCUCUUCUUCUGCCGGCUUGGUCGUCGCUAUCAUGCUGGAAGAAGCUUCUGAUUUGCUCGAGAUGUACAAGGAAAUCCUGCUCCAGCUCCAAGCACAAGACUUUGACACAACGAUCUCACACAAUGCCACCUUCGAACAAUUACAGAAGGCGGCCACGUGUACGUCUGGUUUGAUCCUUGUUCUUAUCGCGAAAAGGAGAGGCGUGGCAACCAAUUUUGUCUGCCGCUGCGCUCUCAAUCAUCACAUCGACCAAACUCUCGACGAUAUUGGCUAUGCCGAACAGACUCGUGAUACAGUUUCGACAUUCCUGGCUUCCUUCCAAGAGAUGACAUCCCAGAUCUUGAAACACGGCCGCCGCGCCCAUGCUGCAACGCUUUCAUCGUUUGAUCUUUCCGGCUCGAUACAACCAUCGCUCCCAACCGAUAUGUCUCUCGAAUCCAUUCCUGCGCAGAGUAUAAAUGCCUGGUAUCCCGACUUCGGUAUGAACCCAUCGUUCUAUCCCGGGAUAAGUUCACAUAUGACCAUGUCAGUGCUACCAGCGCCGCCUGAUGCUGUGUACCCUGCGUACAAAUCGUCUGGUCACGUCGAACUUGCAAUAUCUCAGGAUCAUCUGGCGCGCUGGGAAACUCAGAAGCGUAGUGGAUGCGAGCAAUUGGCGAAGGAGCUACAUCCUGAGCCCCCGGUAUCGGAUCUGGUCUUCCUGGAAUCCAUUGGGGGUUUAGUCGAAGUGGAUGAACGCUCGUGUUUCGGACGACCGCAUCACGCCCAGCCUGAUCGCUCUGUGCGCAUGCUUGAUCGCGAGGGUAAUGGUCUUACAAGACACUCGAAGGGAACCAAUCCUCACUUGCAAAUGUCAGCUUGCCCGAGCUCGGUCGAUCAGGGACCAGCACAUGGUCUUCGAAACCCUGCGGCAGCAGUUGAUGCCUGCACCAUCUCGCUAUGGGUAUAUCAGAGAUACGUGACAGAAUCCAGUCUGAAACACAACCGCGCCGACGAAAACAUUACGAAAGCUGUAAGAUCAUUGUAUCAGCAUUACUUGACAUCCCUUAUCAAGCCAAUUGUCGCGAAGCUUGUUAUUCAGAGCCGCAAUGCAGUCGGCAUCCCUUCGUCCGACACAGACAGCGAUACGAUGGAAUCUACCGAGAGAAUGGAUAAGCGUAUGUCAAUUUUUAUGGUAGGCAGGAUCACGGAACCGCAAUCCGCUGAUAUGAACAGCUUGGUAACGAUAUCUGGGUCUCUCACGCCCAUUUGGACAGAUAACCUGCAUGCACCGAUAACUAAAGAGCCGUAUAUGCACUCCCGCCCAUUCAUUCACCCUGUUCAGAAACAAACUCAUCUUACAAUCGACGAAAGUUCCACCAUCAGCAAGAUGCCAGAAAACCUCUCCCUUUCGAACCAUACUUGUUCUGCAAACUCUGUUGAAGAACAGUAUCCAGGCUUCCCCUUGCCGACUGCCCCCUUGCGACAAGGGGAGGAUUCCCUCGCCUCGACUAUCCAUGAUACUUCGUAUAUCUGGUCAUGUGCACCCGUUGACCCAUGUCCGGAAAGUGAUGAUGAGUGGAAAGAUAUCCUCAAAGCCAUGAAAGAAGAUGCAGGUGCCUCUGCGACUGACGACAAAGCAUCUCAAUGGGAAAUGUCCUUGCACUCAGAAGACAUGUCCGUUGAGAAUCCAAGAUCUGGUCUUUCCGACGGCGUAUUUCCCCCCGAAUCGAAUGAUACGGACCUUUCUGCAAGCCUGCAUGGGAUAUCGUCAACCCCGACUGGUAUUCUGUACAAUGGUCAGCCGCACCAAAUGGACGUCAUCAUUAUGCUGCAAAAUACAUUGAAGGAUUUGACUGAGGGCAAAAAUCUAGACUUUGAGUGUCGCAUUCCUUUUGAAAAGCACUGGUACAAGGGGAUCACAGCUCAGCAAGACUUGCAUAGAUACAAAGCUAACAGCUUGAUCAAGAUUCAGAAGGAUUUCGGAAGAUCGCUUGGACCCAGAAAACUACAAACUGUUCUGCUGGAAGCCCUCGCUAAUAUGGCUACAACGGUCCUCAGAGUCGACGUUCACUUUCUCAGAUAUCUCAUCGGGAACUUUCCAAAAUCCCAGACGCUUGGAUGCCAACAAUGGAUACAGAUAUGUUACUGCACCAUGAAUCGGAUUGAAGAACUCAGGGACAACCUCAAGUUCAGCAGAAACCGACGGCUCAGGUGCAGAGGCCCUUGCGGCAAGCAUGAAGAUAUCAGGAAUCAGAGCUUUCACGUUCUGUACUACGCGGGUGAAAUCAAGAAACAGUUCGAAGAAUGCCGGGGCGCUUUCUUCAAAUGGCUGAACUCGCCAAUCCAGGAGGGCAGCUCGAGCGUCACCACUCGCAAUCUUCCUGUACCAGAGGUAAAAUCGCUGUGGGACAUGUACAAAGAGAAGACUGUCGUGCUUAUUCUCGCUUUGUACUGCCCAACGUUUAGGCUCAGGGUGGAAUCGAAACUUCUCCCCUGUACCCUUGACAGCUUUGUCCCCAGUCAGCCAAUCACUUGGCACUCUCGCAGCAUUACCGCAUGUUCACAUAUCCCCCAUUCAGUCUCUAUGAGUUACCCUCCUGCAAGCCAGGCACAGGCUCUCAACAAAGCGACUGCCAUCAAGGAUCACGUACUAGAUGUUUCGGCGCCUCACAACAUUUGGACUAAGGAGCAGAAAAUUCAGAUUCAUGCUGGAUAUGUGGCUAUGUUCUGUAUUGAUCUCAUCAUCAAGAGUCAUGAUGCAAGAAUUCUGGUAGCAACAAUCUUGGGGCUGUUGUUCAGUCUGCCGGUCAAUUAUGUCGGAGACAAGAGUCAACCAUGUGUCAGUAGAGCGCCAAAGUGUUGGUGUGGCACUGGUACUUCCUACGCCUAG